AUGGCGACGUCGAUGAGUAAUGGCUCACCAAACACCAAGCGCAAGAAGGUGGAUCGCUCCUCCCGUGGGCUCAAACACUUUGCCACCAUGGUCUGUGCAAAAGUGCAGGAGAAAAACGUCACGACCUACAGUGAGGUGGCAGAUGAACUCGUGGUUCAGCACCAACGCGAAUUGCAGAGUAACCCAGAUCCCAAUGAUGACGGCGAGCCGAAGAACAUCCGCCGGCGCGUCUACGAUGCCCUCAACGUAUUGAUGGCGCUCAACAUCAUCUCCAAGGAUAAAAAGUGCAUUCGCUGGGAAGGGCUGCCGACCAAUGUCACCCAAGAAGCGCGCACAUACGCGGCUACCAAGCGUAAGAAGGAGGAGCAAGUCCAGAAGUUGAAGAAACAACUCCAGGCGCUUGUCCUUCAGCACAUUGCCUUUCAAAAUCUGAUCAAAAGGAACCAGGCCAGGAUGCAGGAGAAUCCAUCGACCGAGGAGCACGACAGUAUACAGUUACCCUUUGUCAUAGUGAGCACCCGGCAGUCUGCUGUCAUUGAUUGCCAAAUGGCCGCCGAUCAGAGCGAAUACUUUUUUGAUUUCAACGAGCCCUUUGUUAUCCAUGACGAUUUGCAAGUCCUUAGCCAGCUAGGCCUCACAUUCGGCCUCGAGACUGGAGCCAUCAGCGAUGAGCAAGUGGCACUGGCGCGGGACUUGUUGCCCGCUGAAAUGGGCCACAUUUUGGACGAAAUGGUACAAGAAGGUCGUGCCCGGGCACCCCAAGCACCAGCCACAGCUGCUGCGCCAGCACCUGCCGCCACUGCGUCCACCGCGGCCACCGCAGCCACCGCGUCAGCGACAGCAUCCAUCGGCACGGUUUCGCAAAGUGCAACUGCAGCCGCGAGCAAUAAAACGGCGGCGGCGGCUCGCUCCGCCCCGACAUCCUCCUCCUAA